UACAAUGAAGGUGUUAAUCGUUCUGUUGUCUUUGGUACUGCUUGUGAGAGCAGAGCCGAAUGUGUAUUGUGGGCGGCGGCUGGCGAUGGCCCUGGCUAUGGUGUGUGGAUAUGACGAGAAGCGAGACAAUGGGUGGGUGUUGGAUAGUCAGACCAGUCCGUUUGUGACAAAACCUUGGAUAAGGGAAACCGGAGACUUAGACACUGAAUCGAAUUCUAAGACUGAUAAUGCCUGGCUACCAGCUCGAGAUAGUAACAAAGGCAAACACGUAGGGCCCUGGCUAGAGAUGGAAGUAAGUCACAAAGGGCCCUGGUUGGCGAACAAAGUAGACAAGCAUGUAGGUAUUGUAGGGCCCUGGCUAGAGAUGGAAGUAAGUCACAAAGGGCCCUGGUUGAGGCCUCACGAGGCGCGGACUGCGAGUCGCGGUAAGCGGCAGAUCGUUAUGGAGUGCUGUCUGAAGGCCUGCUCUGAAGACGAGUUACUGUCGUAUUGUUAA